UUGUUCUUUUGUCAACAACUGCCAACUUCGUAUGUACGCCAUGUAGCUGCAAGCUGCGCUUUGAGCUCCGGUGUGCGUGAAUGCGAGGGAAACUUUCCAACGGGUUACUACUUCCGCAUCCGGGUGUUAGUUGUCACGUCAAGCCAGUUUAGCUUUCUUUGUGCUGGAAACUAAACAAACGUUCAAUGAGUCCAUCAUGGGAGAUCUAGCCAAAGAUAUCCUCUCUGGCACAUUUCGUCACACGCCUAGCUUCCGAAACUCACCGGUUGGUUCAAGAAACUUGAUUACCCGACUACCGUCUCAUGGUCCUUAUCGCUCGUUUGAUUUGACGGUCUUCACUCGUUCAGGGGAAACCAGGGCCAUUGGACGUCUUCCAAGGCGAUGUUCCGGAUCGGAGUAGACGUGGGUGGCACAAACACCGAUAGCGUAUUGAUUGAUAUCGCGCGAAGUAGAGAAAGCAACCGAGGAGUGCUUUCCUUUCACAAAGCUCCGACUACUUUGAAUGUGUCUGACGGCAUCGAGGCAGCUGUCCGCAGCGUUUUAGAAGCAAGUGGCGUCGCACCUGACCGUAUAUCUUGCCUUUCUAUUGGCACUACAGCCUUUAUCAAUGCGGUAUUGGAAGCUGAUGCCCGACGAUUGGCAAGAGUUGCAGUCAUCCGUCUGUGUGGUCCGUAUACUCGACAAUGUCCGCCGUUCAUAGACUUUCCCAAUUGUCUGCGGGUGUUAAUGCAAGGUUACGUCGCGUAUAUUGAUGGAGGCCUCGAGAUUGACGGGCGGGAGAUUGCUCCGUUGAAUGAACAGCAGCUCGUUGAGGAAUGCAAGAUUAUCAAAGAGAAAGGUAUACGCAAUGUCGUGUUGUCUGGAAUAUUUUCGCCGCUGGACUCAUCCGGAAAACAGGAAAUUGUGGCCCGAGAUACCGUAUAUCGUGAACUAGGCUCGACUGUGAAUGUGGUCUGUUCACGCGACGUCGGUCAGCUCGGACUUCUUGAACGCGAGAACGCAUCCAUUCUCAAUGCGUCCAUCUUGACAUUUGCGCGUCGGACAAUCAGAGGAUUCCAACAGGCGAUGCACCGAUUGGGUCUUCGCUGCCCAUUAUUCCUUACCCAGAACGAUGGAACAUUAACCUGUGCCGCUUCAGCGGCUCGAUUACCCAUUCGCACCUUCGCAUCAGGUCCAACCAAUUCAAUGCGAGGGGCGGCAUUCCUGGCAGGCUUGGACGAAGGCAAGCGUCAAUUCGACGGAAAAUCCGUCAUUGUGGUGGAUGUCGGAGGAACGACCACGGAUGUUGGGGUCCUCCUAUCUUCUGGUUUUCCUCGACAAUCUGCUGCAUUCAUCGAAAUUGCUGGAGUGCGGACCAAUUUUUCCAUGGCAGAUGUCCAGUCAAUUGGAUUAGGCGGCGGUUCUCGGGUGAGAACCACAAGCACACCAUCUGGAAUGCGCGCCACCGUAGGCCCUGACUCAGUGGGUCAUAACAUUACUAACGAUGCCUUGGUGUUUGGAGGGAACAUUCUAACCGCGACAGACAUUGUCAUCGCUAAUGGACGUGUUAAGCUUGGUGAUACAGAGAAGGUUUCUCGUCUUGAUUCCAGUAUAGUUUCUAGCGCGGAAGCUGCUGUCAAGAAGCACCUCGAGCGCAUCAUAGACAAGAUGAAAACAUCUCCGGAAGACAUCACCGUGUUGCUCGUAGGUGGUGGCAGUAUCAUUGCACCCGCUAAGCUUUCUGGCGUUCGGGAGAUCAUCCGGCCUCCCUUCUUCAGUGUGGCAAAUGCAGUCGGCGCGGCUAUGGCCAAAGUCGCGGGAGAAGUGGACACCAUCGAGUUCUUGGAGUUUCGAUCAUUGAGUUCUGUCGUUGAAGAUAUUAAAGAAAUUGCUAUUAGGAAGGCUAUUGCAUCCGGUGCCGAUCCCACCACAAUUAAGAUAGUGGAGGUUACGAAUCUUCCAGUUCAGUAUGUUACAAAUCAAGCGACCAGGAUUAUCGUCAAGUCUGCCGGUGAGCUCGCGCCAGAUGCACGGGUUUUCUCAAAUGAAGAAGAUCCGGACUCGGACGUCUUGUUGCCUGCCUCCGGCGAAGAAGUUGAUCCAGGAAGGGAAGAAUAUGGCCACCCAGAUGAUAUUGAAGGGUCUGGCAUUGACAUUGAUAGUUACAAGCCCGACAUUCGAGCAGAUCGUUCUUGGUAUAUCUCAGAGACCGACUUAGAGUGGAUCGCGGAUGGCUGCGGCGUCUUGGGAACCGGCGGAGGAGGAUCACCAUAUCCUCCGUUCCUAAUUGCCCGACAAAUGUUACGUGAAGGCAAGCACAUUAUUGUGAUCGAUGCAGAUGAUGUGCCUGAGGAUGCUGUCUUCGUGCGAUGCACAUUCAUGGGCUCACCGAGCGUGUCGAAUGAGCGUUUGCAGGGCGGAAAUGAAAUCCCAACUUCUAUCCAAGCUGUCCUCAGGUACCAAGGACUAGGAGACUUCGCUGGCACCAUCUCUGAUGAGAUAGGCGGUGGUAAUGGAAUUCAGCCCAUGAUUGUUGCGGCAGAAAUGGGCAAACCGGUCCUAGACGCGGACCUCAUGGGAAGAGCGUACCCCAAUAUGUAUCAAUCCCUUCCGGGUGCAUACAAUAUUCCCAACGGGCUAGCUCCUUGUGCGAUCUCAGAUGGGAUUGGGAACACAAUUAUCAUGCCUUCCGCAAGCAAUAGCCACUCCGUAGAGCACAUCCUUCGCAUAGUCACCACUGAGAUGGGUUCAAAGAGUGGUGUCUCCAUGGCACCCUUAUCUCGAAAGGCCUGCCAGGAAUAUGGUAUCGCGAGAAGCGUCUCACAGGCUUGGCGUAUCGGCCGUGCGCUUGCUCUUUGUCGCAAACGAAACGACAUGAAGGGCAUACCGUCAGCUAUUCUUGAAAUUCAGAACGGAUCAUGUUUAUUCAUUGGCAAAAUUGUCGAUGUCCAUCGUGAAGUGAGGAAGGGUUUCACAUGGGGCAGAGUGACCAUAGCGCCACUUCGUGAAGACGAAGAGGAAGACAACUCAGCCUCUUCCCAAGCCUCCGCCCCACAAUAUGGUCCUGAAGAUCAUCUUGUCAUCCCGUUCCAGAACGAGAAUCUGUACGCUUACAUUGAGUCGCCAAGCAUUGUUGAAAGGAAGGUUUUGGUCACCGUUCCAGACUUGAUUACAGUAUUGGAUAGUCAAUCAGGAACGGCUCUCGGUACACCAGAGUACAGAUACGGCUUGCGGGUUACGGUCAUCGCACUGGCUGGCGAUCCCAAAUGGACGAAGACGCCUGAAGGGUUGGCGUGUGGUGGCCCUACAGCAUUUGGGUUGAAUGACCUUGCGUUCACGCCAAUGGCAGAAUAUACAAAUGCGGAGAGCGUCAUCACGCAGUAUGCUGCGUGCUGAGCAUACACGCCACCUAUCGUGAAAACAUCUUGUGGGUUAUCAUCAGCUUCGAAUCCCUUGUCCAUGCUUGGGUCGCUGAAUGGGUGAGGAGCCAACGUAACCGGUUGUCGACAAACCUCACACUUUUGGUUUGGAUGAGGUUACUAAUUCAAGGAUAAUAGCCGCGAGCACAUCAGUGUCAAGCAGUAUGCCUCGUAGGCUGAAUGUAGAUGUGCUCCAGAAGUGUCUAUUUAUAUAAUCUCCUAACACCACGCAAAUCUAUACAACAAUGUAUUAGCAAACGUUCAACGGCAAGAAGUCGAGAAAACGUACUUCUCGUUAAACAACCAAACUAGCUCCUCUGGCCGCUCCGGUCCAUACCAUUUAAAGGAUGGAAGGUGGUCAUCU